GGUCUUCCUGUCUGAAAGCGGCGCUGCGGGACCUGCAGAGUUCUUUUGAUCCACUGGAGUUUGUAGUGUCUGCGGCUCCUCGGUCCCUCUUUGUUGUGCACGGAGAGAAAGGGAACCGUAGCAAGGACGCGGGGACACCCUGGACGCUGAGACAUGGACUCAGUGGCCUUCAAGGAUGUGGCUGUGAACUUCACCAAGGAAGAGUGGGCUUUGCUGGAGCCUUCAGAGAAGAAACUCUACAGAGAUGUGAUGUUGGAAACCAUCAAGAACCUAGACUGUAUUGGGAGAAACUUGGAAGACCAGAAGAUUAAAGAUCUAUAUCACAAUAUCUGGAAAAAUCCAAGACAUUAUGUACUGCAGAGAUUGUAUGAAAGAAAAGAAGGAAGUCCAUGUGAAGAUACCAUCAGUCAUACAGAAAACCAUCUGCAUGAGCUAAUGCCUCUGAUACAUAAACUAUAUGAAAGCAGUGCAUGUGGGGAAGACUUGGUUCAUUCAUCUCUUAGUAGGCGUGUCAAAACUUAUAGAGGACAGAAACCAUAUGACUCUAAGGAAUUUACAAAGAAGCCACAUGAAGUUAAGCAAAAUGGAAAAACCUCAUUUUACAAUAAAACUGUGAGAAGAGGCAUGAGAUCACAACGUAGAGUUGGACCUUAUGAAUGCAAGUCAUGUUGGAAAACUUUUAAUUGUCACAAUUUAUUUCAAAUACAUGAGAAAACUCACACUGGAAAGAAAGCCUAUGAGCAUCCCCAAUCUGGGAAAGACUUUGUUUCUCCCAGUUCUAUUCAAAACCAUGAAAGAACUGACACUGACGAAAAACCUUAUACGUGUAAGGUAUGUGGGAAAGGCUUUGGUCGUCUCAGUUAUGUUCGAAAACAUGAAAAAAUUCACACUGAAAAAAAAUCCUUUAAGUGUCCCCAGUGUGAGAAAGUCUUUAGUUGUCCCAGUUCUGUUCGAAGACAUGAAAUACUUCACACCGGAGUGAAACCCUAUGAAUGUAAGGAAUGUGGGAAAACUUUUACGUAUAGCAGUUACUUGCGUGCUCAUGAAAGAAGUCACACAGGAGAGAAACCCUAUGAAUGUAAGGAAUGUGGGAAAACCUUUAGUUUACGCAGUACCUUUUAUAUCCAUAGAAGAACUCACAUUGAAAAGAGGCCAUAUAAAUGUAAGAAAUGUGAGAAAACCUUUACUAGUCCCAGUAAUUGUCGAACACAUCAAAGAAUUCACACUGGAGUGACACCAUAUAAAUGUAAGGAAUGUGGGAAAGCCUUUAAGUAUCAAACUUCCUUAUAUGUUCAUGAAAGAAGUCACACAGGAGAGAAACCUUAUGAAUGUAAGAAAUGUGGAAAAACAUUUACUUCUAAUGGUUCUUUUCGUGCUCAUGACACAGCUCACACAGGAGAUAAACCCUAUGAAUGUAAGGCAUGUGAAAAAACCUUUAGUUAUCAUUCUUCCCUUCGCAUCCAUCUAAAAAUUCACAAAGGUGAGAAACCCUAUGAAUGUAAGGAAUGUGGGAGAGCCUUUAAUCGUACUUGUACUCUUCGAAAACAUGAAAGAAUUCACACUGGAGAGAAACCCUUCAAAUGUAAGGAAUGUGGGAAAGCCUUUUCUGUGCCCUAUUCCUGUCAAAUGCAUGAAAGAACACACAGGAGAAAAACCCAGUGAAUGUAAGGCGUUGGGGAAGUCUUCUCUUGUUCUAAGUCAUUAGGAAUCCAUGGAAAAACUCACAUAGAGAACACUAUGAAUAUAAGCAGUGUGGGAAAUUCUCUCGGUCUUUGUUAUUACAAUGACAUGAAAAAACACAGGCGAGGGAACCAGCAGUUAGCGUGCUGGCUGUGUCGCUGGACUCCCACGUAGUCGACUGCGGUUCACGUCCUGAACCCGGUG